ACAGCAACAGCUUAGCUAUAUCGCAGAUAAAAACAAUUGUCAUGGCCUCGGCAAAAAAUUUCCUGAUUUUCCUUUUGGCUGUUUUAGUUGCAACCCCCCUUGCAGUAGCCCAAGGAGGACUUCUCAAUGGCCUUCUUGGCCUGAUACAUAUAGAUGGGGUUCUAUAUUGCAGCCCUAACGGCAAAAUAGAUGUCAUAAAUGGAACCACCACCCCUAUUUUCCCUAAUGCAGCGGUGCAACUGCAAUGUGGAGCAGGAAAUGUAGUAUCAAGUACCACAACAAAUGGAUCAGGAGUGUUUUCGUUGGUGUUGGAUCCUCUUCAAAAUUUAUUGUCAUCUCUAUUGUCCAACUGCAAUCUAGUGGUUACAACUCCGCUCUCCACAUGUAACGCUAGCUUACCAUCCAUCGGGUUUUUGCAGUCACCCUUGCAGCUUGUUGGGAAAACCCUUAUUGGCCUUCUUCGUAUUGUCAAUUUAAGUGCUGCUGGUUUUCAACUUCUUUAAUAUCAAUUAAUGGACAAGCUAGCCAAAAAUGGUGCUCAUUAAUGUUUGUUUGGUAUAUGUGUUGUUUAAUUAGUGAUGCAUCAGCUAGUUAACCUUGUUGCUGAUUGCAUAAAUAAGCAUUGUUGUUGUGUCCACUGGUGCUGUUAAUUGUUAGAAUGUUUUCCUUUCUUGUUGGGGUGUUAUGAAUGUUGUCAUUAUUCAAUUGUGAACACAGUGUAAAUAAUAUUUGCAAGUGUAACAUA